ACAGACUAUUUCAACUCAAAAGGUUGCUAGAGGAAGCAGUGUGCCAAUGUACGCAAUCAGAUGGCAUAAAUUGAACCUUCCACAGUUCAGUCUGCCGACGCUCUUCUCCAGCUCAAUUCAGCACUAUGCAUUUCGCGAUGUCACCUGACAACCUCCUCUUCUUCUGCUCCAUCACGGCGUCAGUCGCCGCCACCUUCGCCCUCCUCACGCUGUACAAGCACCUCGCGCACCGACGGGCCCAACCUUCCGCGGACGACCUUGCAAGUCCAGCAGCGGGAGAAGAAUCAGAAGAGCUCCUGCCGCUCUCCGCCACGGCUGCGGGCCUCCCUCCAUUCAUGUACAACCGGCUCGUCAGGCACAGCGGCAAGGGCGAGAGCUGCACGGAGUGCGCGGUCUGCCUCGGCGUGAUCCAGGUCGGCGCCAUGGUGAAGCUGCUGCCUGCGUGCAGCCAUGUCUAUCACUGCGACUGCAUCGACCAGUGGCUGUUUUCACGCUCGACGUGCCCCCUUUGCCGCUGCAGGGUUGGUCCCUGGGAGGCUGACCAGGAGACGACUAGGCAGCUUCCUCAGACUUACCCUGCACCUGCAUAGAUGAUCGUGACACACACCUGCAAGAAAUAUUUGUAGUAGGACUUUUUCUCCUUUUACUGAACUUUAAGCUCAAGCUGCAUAUAGGCUGUUACAAUGUACUGUAUUAUGCAAAUGUGCGUACAACGCCUCACUGGGAAUGGGACUAUGGGAGCAUAUUGACAUCUCAAUUGUCAGGGAUUCAUGAAUUGUUAACUUCAGAUUAGAAACUAUCUUUCCAGUUUCAGCAUGUAAGGUAGUAGAUAAAAUCAGGGCACAGCCCAUCCCACAGUGCGAAUGCAUGACAUAAA